CACAACCAUUCCAUAGCCUCACGGGCACAACCUCACCAUACACCUCAUUUUUUAUUCCCCAACGGUCACCUCUCUCUCUCUCUCUCUCUCUCUCUCUCCUCCAGCAAUUAAGAAAAAUUAAGAAGAGAAGAAGAGAAAAGUGGAUGUGAGCUGUGUGUACCUAAAUUAGAAAUGAGGAUGCAGGCAUCCUAUCCCAAUUUUAAUCAUCACUGCAGCAUGUGCCUCGUAUCAUCAUCAUCAAUAACAACAACAACGAUUUCCCUGCUUCGAAACAAGCACAUUAAGGAAAGAAAUAUAGUUUAUGCUGAGAGUUAUCAGAUUGCUGUCUUAUUCAGUCCCAAAAUCAAUGAGAGAAUAGGUACGCGAAGGAGGAGAGGAAGAGAAGGAGGAGGAGGAGUUGGGAUUGUUGUAGCAAGCAGCAACGCGGAGGCAGCGCCGCUGUGGGAUGGGUGGAAACCAGAGAAAACUUCGACUGUGCCUUCCCUUAGCGACGUCCUCUGGCCUUCUGCAGCAAUGGCGAUUUUGGGAAGGAUAGACACCAUGCUGGCGCCAAGAGGAAUUUCCCUCACUAUUCCACCAGUAGGAGCUGUCUCUGCCGCCCUUUUCGCCACCCCUUCCGCCCCAGCUGCUCGGGCUGACCUCCAGGGAGCGACUCAACUGCAAUGGUCUCUGAGUAUUCGUUUAGACAAGAAGUACAAUAUGUUCAUGGCACAGAUUGGGUGUGCAGCCAUUGGUGUUGUGGCAUUCUCAUUGUUUGGGCCAGGAUGGCUUGCAAGAAGCACUGCCCUUGCUGCAUCCAUAGCUUUCAUGAUCUACACUCGUGCUACUCAUCCACCAGCUGCAAGCUUGCCAUUGUUGUUCAUUGAUGGAGCAAGGUUGCAUCACUUGAACUUUUGGUACGCAUUGUUCCCAGGUGCAACCGGAUGCAUUCUCCUUUGUUUGAUUCAAGAGAUGGUGUGCUACUUGAGGGACAAUUUCAAAUUUUGAACAGUGGCAAAAAAAAGCCAAUGCACCAUACGCGUUAUAGAUGGAGAAUCAUUGCCUAGAAGAAAAGGAGACAAGUGAGAGAAAUCCUAGUCCAGUGGAAACUUGCAGACAAGGAAAAAAGAGGAAAAAGGGACAGCAAUAACAGCUAAGGAAAAAGCAUGUGCAAUUUCUUUCUGCUUGAAAAUGUUGAGAUUGAGGUCCAGAGUUAUUAGUGAGCACAAAAGAAGAUUAGAAAAUAUAAGCAACAUCAAACUUUCUAUAUAGGUACAUUAGACAAGUCCCUGAAUGUUUUUUUUUUUUUUUUUUUUGAACUGCAGUUGAUUUCCCGAAGCUUAUAUUAUUACAUUUUGACACUUGAAAUUUCAUGUUUACCUAAUCCUAACAUUGUUGGAACUUGGAAGUGACUCCAUAUGAAGUUGAAUGAACUAAUGCUUGAUUAGUAUGCU